AGCGGCCCUUCCCUUCCCGGCGCGGAGACGGACGUCAAGCCGAAGCAGAGGCACCGGUAGAGGCGAGCUGCGCCGGGGAGAGCCGCCUCACAUCCCAUGCCACCCCGGUCUCCUCCAUGCCUUCGUCUAAAGCCAAGUACAGCUAUUCGAUAAAGAGGGGUGCGAGCCCGGGCGGCGGCGACAGCGGCGGCGGCGGCGGCAGAAACAUGACAACGAACAGGGAUUAUUCUGUUAAUCUGUCGGUGCAGCAAGUGCUGAGCCUCUGGGUGCAAGGCACGACGCUGCAGCACUUCACAGAGAUGUGGUACUGGGUGUUCCUGUGGUGUCUCUUCUCCUCGCUCUUUGUCCACGGGGCGGUGGGGCUGCUCAUGUUAGUCAUGCUGCAGCGCCACAAGAGGGGCCGCCUCAUCACCCUGGUGCUGGUCAGCGUGGGUUUCCUGGCCUCCCUCUCCGGAGGCGUCAUCACCAGCGCAGCGGUGGCUGGGGUUUACCGCGUGGCAGGGAAAGACAUGGCACCGCUGGAAGCUCUGGUGCUGGGUGUGGGCCAGACCACCCUGUCUGUCAUCAUAUCCUUCUCGCGCAUCCUGGCCACUCUGUGAAGAAAACCCCUCGACCAGUCGAAGGACGGACACUGACACGAGAGGAGAGCUGAUGGAUCGAGCCAAUCAGAGACUCAAGGGCGCUCGUCGUGGCCGGUUUGUGGAAGGAGAGGAGGCAGAAAUGCUCUGGACCUUAAGGGUUAGACUCAGGAUAGAGUGCCCCCUGGUGUCUCUGUUCUGUUACUGCCACAAUCACGCUGCGAUUCGGAGGGAACUCAGUGCAGUGCUGGUUGUCUUCAUGCUGAACAGCAGCAGCAGGCGGAGAUGGCGCCAUCCUCAGCUUCUGGACUUGAAAGCCAUGUCUGGGGCGUUUUCCAGAGUUACAUCAGUUCUUUGUGCCAACGGCCUUCUCUGGGACGUCCAGAUGCCUUUGUGGCCACUGACUCUUGAAGGCUUUCUCUUGCACUUUUGGUGAAAAAAAACAAAACAAAACAAAACUAUUUUUUAAAAAGUGAAGCAACAGCAGUGACCUGAAAAUGAUGAUCUAAUGAUCAGCGUGAGAACAAAAGUUGAGCAACGAGGUGGUCGUAGGGAGCGACAACCCAACAGUGUUCAUCAGCAAAAAACACCUUCUACAUCAGUAUGAAACAUCAGCCUCACCUCUUCACGACGUUCAACUACAGAUUACCAUGAACAUUCCUUUUUUCUUACACGGCUUAAGGCUGCACCAUCCAUUUCAUGAGCGAGAUGCAGCUUUGAAUUUUUGCACUUUGUAAAUGUUGGAGAUGCUCUUUGCCUGAGAGGUGUGAAAUCAGUAGACGUGUAGGAGAAAACCAGCAUCAGUGCUACGUUUGCUUUAUCCCGUCGAAACAUCGAUUCAUUGUGUGCCAACCAGAGCUCCGAGAGGUGACAUUUUGGGAAAUGCGAAAAUUGAUACCCCUCAUUUGUCUGUAAAGUAAAUAUGCAGCGGGGACCGGGGGACAGUUAGCUCAUGCUGGCCCCACACUAGAGGAUAAUUGGGAUCAUUUUGGGUCCGAUUCGCUCCCUCCCGACAAUCGCGGAGGCUUUCCCGCUUCGACGCUGGUCUGAACCGAUUUUCUGCCCAAACGAUCCUGUAAUGUGAUGGUCUCUCUCUCUCUCGCUCGUUGAGCCGGGGAAGAGCAGCCAACGUUGAAUGUUGCGUUUAAAAACAGCAACCGACAAAUCCUGCAAAGUACACCUUUAAUGUUACCGACUAGUGUGUAAGGAACAGCCAUGGAACAUUGAGCAGAAAAAAACGCAACAGCCAAUUAGAGCGAGCCGACCGUCACCAGCGACAUCAACCGGAUGUUGCGUACUCACAAUAAAACUUUAUUUCCAACUCACCUCCAGCUUCUCCUGCAAAACGCGAAAGCCAUGCUGAUUCUGUCUCCCCAGCCAUGACACACUUUUUUCUCGUAUUUUGUUUUGUAUAGCACACACCCUUGCAACCGGCUGACGACGACGGCCCACCUCCAUGUUUGAUUUGCUCUGAAGUCACAUUCAAUCAGACGACUUUCUGGGAGGUCCCGAGACCCGGGAAUCGCGCCUCGGAAAUCGUUUAGUAUAAACGCCAAGUGUGUGGUCUUGCAUUUCAUCUGGCGUGUGAGUUCUUAGGAUUAAAAUAUCAAAAAUUUCUUCUCAAAAUCACAAUUUUUCCAAAACUCAAGGGGAUUUCUUCAGAUCCAAAUCCAAAGGUAGUCGAUUUUUUUUUCAUUCAUGGCAAAGAAAAGCAUCAAAUCCAUAGAAAUAAUAAACUGGAACCAGAGAAUUUGGGUUUUUUUUCUUAA